AUGGCAAACUCCACGGCUUCCUAUGACCAACUAGUCUACCAGGUGGAAGCUCUCCGCCAGGAGAAUUCCCAUCUACGUAGAGAGCUGGAGGACAACUCCAACCACCUGUCCAAGCUGGAGAACGAGACCACCGACAUGAAGGGGGUUUUGAAGGGGCUGCAAAGCAAACUGGAGCUGGAGGCUGGCACUUUGGCCUCCUCCGGGAGGACUGAUGUGCUGGACCAGCUCAAAGAGUUGCACAUGGACUUGACCAACUACUAUGAGCUGAAGUACCAGCCGCAAAACAUGCGCGUUCUCCCAGACAGUCUAGCCAGUCUGGCAGCUCAGUCGGGUGACAUGGACGAUUGUCUGGCCUGCUUGCCUCCCUCCUCCUCCAGAGCCAGGAGCCCCCUGCGGCCUUCAUCCCGCCAGAGCUCCUCUCUGUCUGGGGAGGGCACGGCUGUGCACCCUGGAGCCCUGGCCAAAGCCAUGCUGGGAGACGGACGCAUCACGGCCCAGCAUCUGGAAGACCUCUACAAAGAGAGAACGAUGCUGCUAAGUGAGAUAGACAAGGAGGAGCGGGAGCGUCACUGGUACUACAGCCAGCUCCAGGGACUGUCUCAGCGGCUGAACCAACUGCCACGCAUCGACACGUUCUCCAUACAGAUUGACCUCAUUCGCCAGCAGCUGGAGUUCGAGGCACAGCAGUUGCGUUCUGUCAUGGAGGAACGCUUCGGAACCAGCGAUGAAAUGGUCCAGAGGACACAGAUCCGUGUGGCUCGUCUGGAACAGCUGGAGAAAGAACUACAGGAGGCCCAGGAGUCUAGAGGCACCCAGGAGAAGAGCCUGUGUGAGGUGGAGAUGGUGUUCUGGCUGCUCUCCAUGCUGGCCAACCGGGACAGAGAUGAGAUGUCCCGCACUCUGCUGGCCAUGUCCAGCUCCCAAGACAGCUGCAUCGCCAUGCGCAAGUCCGGCUGCGUCCCCCUGCUGGUGCAGAUCCUGCACGACGGCCCAGGGGGCGCCGGAGAGUCGGCCAGGAGUGUAGCAUGCAGCCGGGAGGCCCAGUCCAGAGCCAGCACUGCCCUGCAUAACAUCGUGUACUCCCAGCCCGACGAGGGCCAGGCCCGGCGGGAGAUGAGGGUGCUGCACGUGCUGGAGCAGAUCCGCUCGCACUGUGACAGCGGCUGGGACUGGAUUGAGAGCCAUGUGCGUACUCCCUCUCCUGGAGGUACUACAACCACAGACAUCCCUGAGCCAGUGGAGCCCCAGAUAUGCCAGGCCAUGUGUGCUGUCAUGAAGCUCUCCUUUGAGGAGGACUACCGAAGAGCCAUGAAUGAACUAGGAGGGUUGCAGGUGGUUGCAGAGGUGAUGCACUUGGACCAGGAGCUGUACGGCAUGCUGAACGAUCCCAUCAAUAUGGCACUUCGACGCUACGCGGGAAUGGCACUGACAAACCUUACUUUCGGAGAUGUCGUCAACAAGGCCACUCUCUGCACAAAGAAAAGCUGCCUGCAGGCCAUUGUCACCCAACUUGCAUCUGAUAGUGAGGAACUACAUCAGGUAGUGUCGAGUAUUCUUAGAAAUCUGUCAUGGCGUGCAGACAUCAACAGCAAGAGGGUCCUGAGAGACGUGGGGAGUGUAACAGGAUUGAUAACAUGUGCUCUUCAAGCUACAAAGGAAUCCACCUUGAAGAGCCUCCUCAGCGCUCUGUGGAAUCUGUCAGCACACAGUCCUGAGAACAAGGUGGCCAUUUGCUCAGUAGAUGGGGCUCUGGGUUUCUUGAUCAGCACCCUCACCUACAGAUGUCAGACCAACUCACUGGCAAUCAUUGAGAGUGGAGGUGGCAUCCUGCGUAAUGUGUCCAGUCUUGUGGCCACCAGGGACGAUUACAGGCAAAUCCUCAGGGACCACAACUGCCUCCAAACGCUGCUACAGCACCUGCGCUCCCACAGCCUGACCAUUGUGAGCAACGCUUGUGGGACCCUCUGGAAUCUCUCUGCCCGCAGUCCCAAGGACCAGGAACUGCUGUGGGACCUGGGAGCGGUCAGCAUGCUGCGCAACCUCAUCCACUCCAAGCACAAAAUGAUAGCCAUGGGAAGUGCCGCAGCUCUACGGAACCUGCUCACGAACCGGCCCCUCAAGUAUAAGGAUGCCGCGGUCAUAUCCCCUGGUUCCUGCAUGCCCUCACUCUACAUGAGGAAGCAGAAAGCACUAGAGGCUGAGCUAGAUGCAAAGCACCUGGCGGAGACAUUUGAUUCUAUUGGAAAAAAAACCUGUGCCAAGCAUCCAAGCAUCAACAAGCCACUGCGGCACAUCGAGAGCCUGGCAAAAGAUUAUGCAUCUGACUCGGGCUGCUUUGACGAUGAUGAGGCCCCUAAUGUCUCCAGUAGUCUGGACACAGGGAGUUUCUCCAUGCUCUCCAUGUUCCUGACCAACUCCAACUUUCUUCAAAACCAGCCUCGCAAGAAGGACAGUGAACUGGAGAGAGAUGUGGAGCCACCACAGACAGAGGAUAAGAAGCCAGCGCCUCCAGAAGAUGAGGUGUCUGUUGCAGCAGAAAAAUUAGCAAAAAAGAUCACCAACACUGUGGCUAAGAUUGAUAAGCUUGUGGAGGACAUUACCAUGCAUACAUCUUCAGAGGACAGCUUUAGCCUUAGCUCAGAGGACCAUUUUGCAGACCUGCCCUAUGGAUCAGAUGAACUCCAUGAGGCCCGGGCCAAGUCAUGCUCCCCCUGCCGCCUCUCUGAUACCAGCAGCUUUGCACACAGAGAACGUCUAAACAGAGCCCAUGCUAUCUUACGUCUCAAAACUACCCAUGCAAGUUUGUCCACUGACAGUCUGAACAGUGGCAGCACCAGUGAUGGCUAUUGUGGUAGCAAGGACCAGAUUAGGCCCUCAGCGAGACGGCCUAACAAGCUUGAUCUUAGGGUGGCCCAUCAAGAAUACCUUAACGUCGGAGCUCAUGUCCUCAAUGAGACAAGUCAGAUCGACGUACCAGAGAGAGAUUCUGUGGACAGCAAAGAUGUGAAAUUGCCUGAUCUUAAUAGCACAGAAACAGAGAAGAGCCAAGCGCUGCCCCCUCAAACACCAGCUAGUGCAUCAACUAAAUUCUCUUCUGAUGUCAGCAUGACUUCCAUAAAGCUGUCCCCUUCCUAUCAACAUGUCCCUCUAAUUCAAAGUGUCGCUAAGUUUGGUGUUGCAAAGACUGCCAUCAAUGUACAUGCAGCUCAAGCAAUGAGGAGACAAGCCUGGGUCCCAACUGUGAUGACUGGGGGGAGUUUAACCAAGUUUUCUCCAAUGAGCUCUGCUAGAAGUCCUACCAUUGGACCAAUGGAGACACUGCAGAAGUAUUCAGUGGAGAACACACCAAUCUGUUUCUCCCGUUGCAGUUCCCUGUCCUCCCUCUCCUCUGGCGAUGAAGCUCUUGACGGGCAGAGUCAAAGUGAAAAUGAGUUGGAGAGUGACUCAUCACUUGAGAUCAUUGAAGUGGAAGAUGAGGAUCUGGUAAAAAGGGAGGAGGAGAAUGAGACCUUGGAGGAUCUUAGUGAUAGCCAACUGCUAGUCACUGAUUCAAAAACCUGUCAAAGCCUUGGGACUGAUCCAAUUGAAAUUCCCUGCCCCACCAAACAUGAAAAGGUGUUCCUGAGGGGUGUAUCACCAGGCAUACUUGAGGACAGAUCACCUUCAAGUUCGUCAGAGAACUACAUCCAUGAGACCCCACUUGUGAUGAGCCGUUGUAGCUCGGUCAGCUCACUGGGUAGCUUUGAAUCUCACUCAAUUGCCAGCUCCAUACUAAGUGAUCCAUGCAGCGAAAUGAUCAGUGGGACCAUAAGUCCAAGUGAUCUUCCUGACAGUCCAGGGCAAACCAUGCCUCCCAGUCGAAGCAAAACCCCAUGCUUUGCUGAAUCAAAUGGACCAGAAACCCAAAACGCCGGGACAGCAGGGCAGUGGGAAAGCAGCUUGCGCAAGUUCAUGGACAUUGCAGACUUUAAGGAAAGGUUCAACCUGCCUCCAGAUUUAGACAUGAUCUACUUUACAGUGGAAAAACCCACAGAGAACUUUUCAUGUGCCUCCAGCUUGAGUGCUCUACCUCUUCAUGAGCACUUCAUUCAGAAGGAUGUGGAACUGAAAUUGACCCCCAUACUCCAGCAAAAGGACAACAAUCCAACAUUCCCACAGGCUCAGGGAGAGCCAGAUGACAAUGAGCAUCCUUCCUUUACGGACCAAGGGGAAAGAUAUAGUGAGGGCAAUUCAGAUGAUGAUAUAGAAAUUCUCAAAGAAUGCAUCAAUUCAGCAAUGCCCUCCAAGUUCAGGAAAGUAAGGCCCUCCCUGAUCUCCACCUUACCCACCCAUGUUCUAAACUCACAAACCCGAAAACCUAUACCUGUUUAUAUGAUGGUUCCUAACAAUGCCAAUCAAAUGUGCUCAGGGAGAAGGAUUGUAAUGCAACAAAAGGACUUAUAUCUUGAUGAUUCCUCAUAUACUGAUUCUGCCGAGGGCACUCCCGUAAACUUUUCCAGCACGACAUCGUUAAGUGACGAAACACUUCAGUACCCAGUGAGGGACAAGGGGGCAAAAGAUUGGAGGCAUGCAUCGCCCAGAAAAGCAAUCCCAGGUGCUCCCGCCGUCUUCCUCUGCUCAUCUCGAUGCCAAGAGCUAAAGGCAGUUGCUCAGGGACCAAAGAUGAUGCAAGGAAGGGGGCCAGGGCAAAGGCAAGAGCAUCCAGCCAGGAGAACCAGCUCAGAGAGUCCCUGCAGGUUGCCUCAGAGGAACGUCUCUGCAACCAAGCAGCAGGAAAGAGACACAAUCAAGCGCCAUUCCUCAUCGCCCAGCAUUAACAUACUGAGCAGAGUAACCAGUCGUUCCUCCCUCCGCUCCUCGUCCUCUGACUCAAGUGGGCGAGCCAAGAGCGAGGACGAUACAAAGAAGAAGCAGCAGAGAACUGGAUCACGUCUCAAUGACAGAGUCACCUGGAGGAGAAUUCGGGAUGAGGAUGUUCCUCAAAUCUUGAAGAGCACUCUGCCAUCUACUGCACUGCCUCUGUUGCCUGUUCUUGAAGGGCCAAAACCAAAACCACCAGCACUGCCAGGGAAACUGCCGACCAUAUUACUUAAGUCAAGAAAGACGAGCGACGCCACAGUCCAAACAGAGGACUUCUCGUCCAACAAGACCAACUCAAGCACCUCUCCAACUGUUGAGACAGCUCCAGUCAUCUCAGAGGAGGCAGCGAGACUAGCCCUCCUUAGAAAGAUCAGCAUUGCCUCCGGCCAAGAUGGAGGCUCUGAUGGAUCCCUAAAGAGCUACAGCACAGCCUCUACUGGAAAUUCACACUCUGUGGAAACUCACACAGGUGGCGUCGGUCAUUUCCGUCAAAGCUCCCCCAGCAUGGCGGUUAGGGUCACCCCAUUCAACUACAUACCCAGCCCCAUGGCUUGCUGCCUGCAAGACGCACAGAGCCAAGAAACAACAAUCAAUGAGAAGUCAUGUGAUAAAUCUGAAGCGCAGUAG